GUCUGACCGUAAGCAGAUGGCCAGGGAGGCGUUGGACAGACUGAACGUCUGGGAGCCCAGUGUUUACUACACCCUGGGAAAAGAGUCCUUCUUCAUCGCUGGUCAUGAAAUCUGCAUCCGAGAGUCUCUGGACUCCUACGGCGCCCUCAUCUGGCCGGGGGCGGUGGCUCUAAGUCAGUUCCUGGAGAAUAACCGGCAGCAGGUGAAUCUACUGGAUAAAGCAGUUCUGGAGAUCGGGGCAGGCACAGGCUUACUGUCUAUUGUGGCGAGUCUACUGGGAGCCUGGGUAACGGCCACCGACCUGCCCGAAAUCCUUCCCAACCUGACCUUUAACCUCUCUCGUAACUCCAAGAGCCGCUGCCGCUACACGCCCCAGGUGAGGGCCCUCACCUGGGGUCAAGACCUCGAGAGAGACUUCCCCUGUACUUCCUGUCGCUACGACUAUGUUCUGGCAGCCGAUGUGGUGUAUCACCACGACUACCUGGAGGAGCUGCUGGCGACCAUGCGCCACUUCUGCAGACCAGCAAGUGGCACGACGCUCCUGUGGGCCAAUAAGGUGAGGUUUCAGUCAGACCUGAGGUUCAAGGAGAGCUUUGAGAGUUGUUUUAAUACGACGCUACUGACAGAGCUGAAGGAGGGGGACGUGAGGAUCUACAAGGCCACGGCACGGGAGUGAGAGGGAGGAAAGGAGGGAGAGAGGAUAGAAGUGGAGGGGAUAGUGAGAAAUUAAGGAGAAAGAGGGAUGGAGAGACCAGGGAGGAGAAGAGCUAGACUCAAGGAAAAGAGGUGAGAAAUAGAAAGAAGAGGUGGAGGUUGUUCUUCACCGUGGAUGAAACAGGAGCUCACUUGCUCACUACAGAGAARGGACUGCCUGGAGCCCAUUCUGUGGUGCUAAGUCAUCCUCGGGAUGGGUACAUUCACCUCAUCAGCAUAGACUUAUUAGACAGACAACAAAAGCUGAUUCUGUGUUUCAAUGACAUUCCUGUGAGCUACAUUAUAUUUACAAUGUGUCAUGCAGAAACUCCAUGUGACUUUUCAAAAAACAAUUUUAUCUACCAGUGUUUUUUUUCUUCAUAUAUUUGAUAGUGACAAAUGUUUUGUUAAUAAAUUUGCUUUGCAAUACAGUGUGAAAAAUGUGUUCCUUUCGCCAUACUCCAUAGUCUGCAUUAGCAUCACCACAGAUAUAUUGAAAGUUAUUGUAUAAAGUUACU